UACAGAGAAAAAGGAAAAAGAGCUGCAGAACUGCAGAGAAUGCAGUGAGGUUCUUCGUGUACUGGAAACGCUACCCUAAAGCAACCCUACGAAGCCACCAAAAUCACCAACUCAGUUGCAGAGGAAGCUAAAAAUCCACCCACCCAACAAGUUCAAAUCUUCAAAACAAACAAAAUGGGUUGUACACAAUCCAAGAUCGAGAACGAAGAAGCCGUAUCUCGCUGUAAAGAGCGUAAGCAGUUCAUGAAAGAUGCCGUUACCGCUCGCAACGCCUUCGCCGCUGCUCAUUCUGCCUACUCCAUUGCUCUGAAGAACACUGGUGCCGCCCUGAACGACUACGGCCAAGGCGAAGUCCAAGACCUCCACCGCCCAUCUCAGCCAACCCCACAACCACCCAUCGAAACCCUUCCACCUCCUCCGCCUCCUCUCCCCAACUUCUCCCCUACUCCUCUUCAACGCGCCACUAGUAUGCCGGAAUUCCCAGUCUCCAAGUCCCACCAUAUCCCCAACCCCUCCGACACCAUCCGUGAAGAGGAAGAUGCCGAUGAUGACGCCGACGACGAUGCAGACGACAAUGCCGAUGCCCUUCCUCACGGAGACGACGAGAAUGAAGUCAGUGAACUCAAUCUGCGCCGCCACCGUCUCCAUCACAGCUCCGGUGGUGGAGGUGGAGGUCGAAGGGCAGUGACGGCCGAACCGCUGCAUCCGCCAUCUCCACCUCGUACCCCGCCUGAUAACCAUACCCCACUUCCCCCAGAGUCCAAGGGCAUGAUGUCAUGGGAUUACUUCUUCCCCAUGGUUGAGAACAUGGCUGGUCCUUCUUUGAGUGAGCCAGAUGAGAUUAGGCCUGUGAAAGAUGAGACUGAGAGUCGGAUGUAUGCGAUGAGGUUUAAUAGAACAGAGAGUGUUGUGGGUCAUGUUGAUGUUGGAGGUCAGGUUGGUAACAUUGAGCCUCGGUCGCCGGAGAUGGUGAUUGAGUCGACUGAGAUGGCAGCGGUGAAGCCUUCGAAGAAUGGGAAGCUAAUUCAUCAUGUACAUUCGAACACGGCGCCUGCUGAGGUUAAGAGAGUGGGUAGGGGUGCAAAUAGUGUUAAUCUGUUGCAGAUACUGAAUAAGCUUGAUGAUCAUUUUCUUAGGGCGUCAGAGAGUGCUCAUGAAGUUUCGAAAAUGCUUGAGGCUACUCGGAUGCAUUACCACUCCAACUUCGCAGACAAUCGAGGACACAUUGACCAUUCUGCCAUAGUUAUGCGUGUUAUUACAUGGAAUAAGACCUUUAGAGGUUUAAAUGCUAAUGAUGGAAAGGAUGAUUUUGAUUCAGAAGAAUUUGAAACUCAUGCUACUGUACUGGAUAAGUUGCUAGCGUGGGAGAAAAAACUCUAUGAUGAAGUUAAGGCUGGUGAACUUAUGAAACUGGAAUAUCAGAGAAAGGUUGGUUUGCUGAAUAAGCAAAAGAAACGUGGAGCUAGUUCUGAGGCGCUAGAGAGAACCAAAGCUGCAGUGAGUCAUUUGCACACAAGAUACAUAGUUGACAUGCAGUCAAUGGAUUCAACAGUCUCUGAAAUAAACCGUUUACGUGACCAUCAGUUGUACCCCAAACUCAUUGCCCUUGUUGAUGCGAUGGGCAAAAUGUGGGAAUCAAUGCAUGCUCAUCAUGUUGACCAGCUUAAAAUUGUUUCAGACAUCAGAUCCCUUGAUAUCUCCCAUGCUCCCAAAGAAACAAGCAGUCAGCACCAUGAGCGUACCAUCCAGCUUUGGAAUAUUCUCCAGGAAUGGCAUUCACAAUUCCAGAAGCUUGUGGCCCAUCAGAAAGAGUACAUUCGUGCCCUCAAUCUCUGGCUAAAACUAAACAUCAUCCCUAUUGAGAGCAGUUUGAAGGAGAAAGUCUCUUCCCCACCAAGGCUCUUGCAACCCCCAAUCCAGGUCCUUCUGCAUGCCUGGCAUGACCAUCUUGAGAAUGUUCCGGAUGAGCUGGCCAAGACUGCAAUAUCCACCUUUGCUGCUGUUGUCAAAGCCAUCAUGGAGCAUCAGCAGGAAGAGAUGAAACAGAAGGAAAAAUGUGAAGAGACCAGGAAGGAGUACAUGCGUAAGAGCCGGGCUUUUGAUGACUGGUACCACAAAUACAUGGAACGCCAUAUGCCAACUGAUGAAACAGAACAGGAGAGGACUGAUGAUGCAAACCACAAGGAUCCUAUCACUGAAAGGCAGUAUGCAGUUGAUAUCCUAAAGAAGAGGUUAGAGGAUGAAGUGGAAGUCCACCAGAAGCUUUGCAGGCAGGUGAGAGAGAAGUCAUUAAGUAGUCUCAAGAUGCACUUACCUGAGCUCUUCAGAGCGAUGUCAGAUUUUGCUUCUGCUUCUUCUGAUAUGUACAUGAAGUUGCAGUCCAUUUCUCAAUCACAAAAUCCAACUGGAAACUGAUCGUAACGUAAAAGAAUGUUGUGUGUGUGUAUUAUGUAUCUAUGUUUAACUUUCAGCAUGCUUUUCAUGCAGUAGUUUAUGUUAGCCCACUUAUCUUGUAUCACUGUGCUGUCAAUUUGCAAAUUACAAUCUCUAUUUUGUGAACUUGGAGAUAAAAAUGGCAAUAUUUCACUAUCUUUUUCAGUAUAGUGGCUCUAAAUUUGCUGCA